AUGCGCUCCUCCAUGUCUCGGCAGACCUUCUCCACCAAGGGGGGCUUCAGCUCCAACUCUGCCUGUGGUGGUGGUGGUGGCUCCAGGGCCCGCACCAGCUUUAGCUCCGUGACUGUGUCCCGGAGUGGGGGCAGCGGUGGAGGCACCCGUUGUGGCCCCAGCAUGGGCGGCUUUGGCAGCCGCAGUCUCUACAACUUGGGGGGCAACAAGAGCAUCUCGGUCAGUGUGGCCGGAGGAGCAUCCUCGGCUCGUGGCCUGGGCGGCUUCAGCCUGGGCGGUGGGGCCUACAUGGGUUUGGGCGCUGGUAGGCAGACGAUGGGUCCAGUGUGUCCCCCUGGGGGCAUUCAAGAGGUCACAGUCAACCAAAGCCUGCUGACCCCCCUCCAUGUGGAGAUUGACCCCGAGAUCCAGAGGGUGCGCACCCAUGAACGGGAGCAGAUCAAGACUCUGAACAACAAGUUUGCCUCCUUCAUCGACAAGGUGCGCUUUCUGGAGCAGCAGAAUAAGGUGCUGGAGACCAAGUGGGCACUGCUACAGGAGCAGGGCCAGAACUCGGGUGUCACCAGGAAUAAUGUGGAACCCCUUUUUGAGGCCUACAUAAGCACCUUGCGAAGGACUCUGGACAACCUUCAAAAUGAGCGGGGCAGGCUGGACUCGGAGCUGAAGAAUGUACAGGAUCUUGUGGAGGACUUUAAGAGCAAGUACGAGGAUGAAAUUAAUAAGCGCACUGCUGCAGAAAACGAUUUUGUGAUGCUCAAGAAGGAUGUGGAUACUGCCUACAUGGGCCGAACAGACCUGCAGGGUCAAGUGGGCAGUUUGACCCAGGAGAUCGAGUUCCUGAAUCAUCUGUAUGAGAUGGAAAUGAGCCAAGUGCAGACCCACGUGUCUGACACCAAUGUUAUCCUGUCUAUGGACAACAACCGCUCCCUGGACCUGGACAGCAUCAUCGCAGAGGUCAAGGCCCAAUACGAGCUCAUUGCUCAGAAGAGCCGGGCUGAGGCUGAGGCCUGGUACCAUUCCAAGUAUGAGGAGUUGCAGGUGACGGCUGGGAAGCAUGGUGAUAACCUUCGGGACACCAAGAAUGAGAUUGCUGAGCUCACCCGCACAGUGCAGAGGCUGCAAGGGGAGGUGGAUGCUGCCAAGAAGCAGUGCCAGCAGCUGCAGACUGCCAUCGCAGAGGCAGAGCAGCGAGGGAACCUGGCUUUGAAGGACGCACAGAAGAAGCUUGGUGACCUGGAGACUGCCCUGCAGAAGGCCAAGGAGGAGCUGGCCCGGCUGCUGCGUGACUACCAGGAUCUUGUGAACGUGAAGCUGGCCCUGGACAUGGAGAUUGCCACCUACCGCAAGUUGCUGGAGAGUGAGGAGAGCCGGAUGUCUGGAGAGUGUCCUAGUGCUGUCAGCAUCUCGGUGACUGGCAACUCCACCACAGUGUGCGGAGGCAGUGCAGGAAGCUUCAGAGGUGGCAUCUCCCUGGGUGGUGGUGGUGGGGCCAGCAUGGGCUACGGUACAACCAAAGGAGGGUCCAUGUCUGGAGGCACGUCCAUCCUGAGGAAGACCACCACUCUUCAGACAUCCAGCCGGAGAUAUUAG